AUGAGUGACUUUGUGAAAGAUACAGAUGGAGUUAGAUUUAAUUGGAACACUUUCCCAGUCACAAGGACAGAAGAAGAUAACAUAACAGUGCCUAUAGGUUGUGUUUAUACCCCAUUGAAACAAAAAGAUGACCUUUCUAUUAUUCAGAGGCAACCAUUCAGAUGUAUCAACUGUCAAGGUGUUAUGAACCCUUUUUGCUUAAUAGAUGCUGUCGCUAGAACUUGGGCUUGUGCCAUAUGUUUGACUAGAAAUAAAUUUCAAACUAAUUAUGAUAUUGGACAUGUUCUUGAUGAAAUGGAUCCUACUGCUACUACUGUGGAAUACUUACUUCCUGAUCCAUCACCUUCACCUUUACUUUUUGUUUAUGUCAUUGAUUUAACGUUGGAAUCUAUAGAAUUAGACGCUUUGAAAUCCAAAAUCAUAGAGAAUCUUGUUCAUCAUCCUUCAGGGUCCUAUGUGGCAUUAAUAACAUUUGAUUCUACUGUACAGCUCCAUGAGCUUGGGUUAUCAUCAGAAUGGGGAGACUCAUUUAUUUUUCAAGGGAAAAAGGACUAUAGUACCAAAGAUAUUCAAAAAUAUUUGGGUAUGAGUGGUAAUGGUUCAAGAUUUUUCAAUCCAGCAAAUUUAGGCGUUUUUAAUAAGAUAUUCAUACCCAUUAAUCACGAAAGUUUAGAAAAAUUAAUUCAAGUUAUAAAAUCAGUUCAACCUGUUAGUCCUCCAACAUCAUCAAAUAGACCAGAGAGAUGUACUGGUUCUGCAUUAGCGGUUGCAUCGAGCUUAAUAGAAGGUUCUUUCAAAGAUGCUACAGGUCAUAUUUUGGCUUUCAUUGGGGGUCCUUGCACUCUAGGUGAAGGUAAAGUUGUUGAUAUAUCCAAAUCUAAAGUGAUACGAACAUUUCAUGAUAUAAAGAAAAAAAGGGCCAAACAUUUGAAAUCUGCCACAAAAUUUUAUGAAAAGCUUGCAUUAAGAGCUUCUAUAAAUGAGAAGCAUGAAAAAAUUGGGAAAGAUCCAAAUUCUACAUCAAUUUAUAGUAUCAGUAUCUUCACAAGUGGUUAUGAUCAACCAGGAACAUAUGAAAUGAGUAGUUUGACAACUUUAACAGGUGGUUUAUUAAUUUUAGCAGAUUCUUUCACUACAAACAUUUUCAAAGAAAGUUUCAAUAAGAUAUUUGAUGUGACAAAAGAUGGAUAUAACGAUAUCAAGACAAGGGGAAGUUUAACUGUGUUAACUUCUCAACAUUUAAAAGUUGCAGGAUUAAUUGGUAAAGGGUCUAGAUUAGAAAGAUACCAUGGAUCUGAAAAUUUUAUAUCUGAUGUUCCAAUUGGUCAAGGUUUAACAAAUGUUUGGAGCUUACCAUUGAUAACUAGUAAGCAUAAUUAUUCAUUAUUUUUCCAUGUUAAUACAGUGGGUCAUAGUUCAGAGAAAAGAGGUAUACCAAAGCAUUUAUGUAUUCAAUUUCAAACCGUUUAUAAACAUCCAGAUGGUUAUGAACAUUUGAGAGUCACAACUUUAAAGAAAUCAACCACAAAUGAUUCUAGAAUAGAUCAAAAUUUUGAUCAAGAAGCUACAACUGUAUUAGCUCUUAAAUUGUUUACAUAUCAAUUACAUAACCGUAAAUUGGAAUAUGAAGAAGCAUUAAAUAAAUUAGAUCAAGAAUUGAUUAGUCUUUGUGAAAGUUUCGCAAUUUAUAUCCCAGAAGAACCAAAUUCAUUUAAACUAUCUGAGAAAUUUUCGUUAUUACCACAAUUCAAUUAUAAUGCUAAGAAAUCACCAAUAUUAACAAAUUUCAAUACCACACCUGAUGAAAGUACUUAUUAUUAUGAUCUUUUCCAAAAAGCAUCUGUUGAUGAUUCAUUAACCAUGAUCCAACCAACAUUAUCCCUUUAUACGGCAACUAAUCCCGCUCCUCAUCCUGUUCUUUUGGACUCUAAUUCAUUGUCUAAGGAAGGUGUGCUUUUAAUGGAUUCAUUCUUCCAUGUUAUGAUUCAUGUUGGUGAAAUAGCAGCGGCUUGGAGAGAUUCUAAUCUUGAUUCUAAAGAAUAUGCAAAUGUUUAUGAAAUGCUUGAUAAUCCACAAAAAGAUGCUAUUGAAAUUAUGAAAUCAAGAUUUCCCUUACCAAGAUUCAUAGUCACAGAUGAAGGAAAAUCACAAGCUAGAUUCUUGUUAUCAAGAUUAAAUCCUUCAAAUAAUGAUCAAAAUACUAAUUUUGCUUUAGGUCAAACACAAGAUGGUAAAGAAAUCAUAUAUACUGAAGAUAUGAGUUUGAUUCAAUAUUUUAAUCGUUUGAGAUCUGCAGUUGUUAAAAGAAAAUAG